GAGCGCAACAAUCCACCAUUCUUAUACCUAAAGAGUUGCAUGUACAUCAAUAUACGAUUAUAGUUCCUGGAUUUCAUCUAUUUAAAAGGUUUUCGUAGGUUGUUUGCCUUGUUUUUGGAGGCUUUUUUAAGAGUUAGAUCUAUAAGAUGAUCAUACCUAGCUGAAAAACCACUUUUGUUACUAUCAUUUUUGGGUGCGAUAGAGCUAUCAAUAGUCUUAUCUCAAAACUCUCUCCCAAUAUACUUUGAGAAAGAAGUAAGCCGAUGAACAAUAUCUAGCUACCAUUUUUCUACCUAACUUAAGCCCUCUUUUUCUUGUAAUCGAAUACUGUUGCAUGUUCAUCAGGAUAUGAUUAUGAUUCUUUCUGGGGUUUCCUGCGUUAAAUAUACAAGUUCAAAUCAAGCUAAAAAACGUUACUUUAGAUAUCAGUUGUGAUUGUGGUUUUGUUUGGAUUGUUGCAGAAGAAGUAGUUUGACUUUCGAGGGACACCAAUGGCGAGAGAGAAGAUAAAGAUAAAGAAAAUCGAUAAUAUAACAGCCAGGCAAGUGACUUUCUCAAAAAGAAGAAGAGGGCUUCUGAAGAAAGCCCAAGAACUUGCUGUUCUUUGUGAUGCUGACGUAGCUCUCAUCGUCUUCUCGGCCACCGGAAAACUCUUCGAGUAUUCAAGUUCCAGCAUGCAGGAAAUGCUAGGAAAGUAUAAGCUCCAUUCCAGUAACAAUCGGGAUAAAGUAGAUGACCCUUCUCUCAACCUGGAGCUAGUCGAAAGCGAUGAAGUAAGAUUAUCCAAAGAGAUCUACGACAAGAACCUUAACGAUGAUUAACAUAUGAGCAGGCAGUUAAGAGGCCAAGAGCUUCAGGGAUUAACCAUAGAAGAACUUGAACAUCUAGAGACUGUACUCGAAGGAGGCCUAAGCCGUGUGCUUCAGACAAAGGAUGAAAAAUUUGGAAAUGAGAUAUCCAGACUUCAAGAGAAGGGAGCUAAACUGAUGGAAGAGAACAGGCUGCUCAAACAAGAAAUGAUGAUGAUUACAAAUGGAAAGAGGCCAGGAACAACCGAUAAUGUGUUAAAUAAUCCUGAAGAUCAUGGUAGUUCACCAUCAUCUGUCACCACACAUGUAAAUAGCUGCAAUAGUGAACCUCCGCUUGAGGAUGAUGGCUCAGAUACUUCGCUUAAACUCGGGUAAGCUUGUUGCAUACUCCUUGAUUAAUGUUUCCUGUUAUUAUACUUGAAGUCUAAUUUCAACUGACUUAACUUGUUUGAAAGAAUAAGAAACAAACAUCCGAUGUGUCUGUACACUCACAGACAAGACAUACAGAGAUACAUACAUUACAUACAGAAACAUGACACACAUGUAUAUUUGAAAAUCAUUCAGACAUUCUAUUGAUCAUG